CAGCAUUUGAAGCACAAUGACACCUCCAACCUGUGCUUUGUAUGUCGUGAGUCUGUUUGUGGCAAAUAUGGUUCAUACGACACCUUUGAAAGAAGCAUCGUUAUAUUUCAAAUCAGGAAAUGUUGGGGAAAAUGUGACCUUGGAAUGCCAAUGUGGAGAUAAUACAGCAGUGAUGCUUUACUGGUAUAAGCAAGUUUUAGGACAGAGACCAAGGCUGAUGUCUACAUUCUACAAGCACAAUCAAAACGGUACCUUUCAUGAGGAAUUUAAGAAUCCACGUUUUUCACUGGGCACUGGAAAAGAUAAGAGCCACUUACUGAACAUAUCAUAUUUGAGCGUUUCAGACUCAGCUACUUACUACUGUGUAAUGAGCAAUUUAUAUGACUUCAAAUUUUGUGAAGGCACGACUGUCAGUGUAAAGGGUUCAGGUCUGAGCAUCCAAGCUUUAGUCUAUCAGUCGUCAUCUGAAGCCAUCCAGUCAAGAAAAUCUAUGACUCUGAACUGUACAGUUCAACCUGGGACCUGCGAUGGAGAACACAGUGUUUACUGGUUCAAAAACUCUGAAGCAACUCAUCCAGGACUCAUUUACACCAUCGGAGGCAGGAAUGAUGGAUGUGAAAAGAACCCUGACACACAGCCUGACGCCUGUUACUACGACUUGCCGAUGAAGAGCCUGAAUCGGUCUCAGAGAUACUGUGCUGUUGCCUCAUGUGGACACAUGCUGUAUGGAAGUGGGACUGCAGUAAAGGAUAAAGCAGAAUAUCCUCUCUUGGCACAUUUCUUCAGUGGAGCCUUGGCAUUAACUGUCAUCCUGGUGGGUUUACUGGCAUUCUCAUUGUACAAAGUGAGCAAACGGCACAGGGAGUGCACAGAAACCUCGACAGUAAACACAGAGUUACAUCAAGACAGAGAGAACAAAGAGAAUCUUCAUUAUGCUGCUUUGCGCAACUACAAGACCAACAGAUCAAGAAAAAAGAGAGAUGACGGCUGGAAUGAGUGUGUGUACUCCAGCGUGAAGCAAUAG